AUGGAGUGGAGCAGGAGGAGUGGAGCAGGGGGAGUGGAGCAGGGGGAGUGGAGCAGGAGGAGUGGAGCAGGAGGAGUGGAGCAGGAGGAGAGGAGCAGGAGGAGUGGAGCAGGGGGAAGGAAGCAGGAGGAGUGGAGCAGGAGGAGUGGAGCAGGAGGAGUGGAGCAGGAGGAGUGGAGCAGGAGGAGUGGAGCAGGAGGAGUGGAGCAGGGGGAGUGGAGCAGGAGGAGUGGAGCAGGAGGAGUGGAGCAGGAGGAGUGGAGCAGAUGGAGUGGAGCAGGAGGAGUGGAGCAGGAGGAGUGGAGCAGGGGGAGUGGAGCAGGAGGAGUGGAGCAGAUGGAGUGGAGCAGGAGGAGUGGAGCAGGAGGAGUGGAGCAGAUGGAGAGGAGCAGGAGGAGUGGAGCAGGAGGAGUGGAGCAGGGGGAGUGGAGCAGGAGGAGUGGAGCAGGAGGAGUGGAGCAGGAGGAGUGGAGCAGGGGGAGUGGAGCAGGGGGAAGGAAGCAGGAGGAGCGGAGCAGGAGGAGUGGAGCAGGAGGAGUGGAGCAGGAGGAGUGGAGCAGGGGGAGUGGAGCAGGAGGAGUGGAGCAGGAGGAGUGGAGCAGGAGGAGUGGAGCAGGAGGGAGGAGCAGGAGGAGUGGAGCAGGAGGAGAGGAGCAGGAGGAGUGGAGCAGGAGGAGUGGAGCAGGAGGAGUGGAGCAGGAGGGAGGAGCAGGAGGAGUGGAGCAGGAGGAGUGGAGCAGGGGGAAGGAAGCAGGAGGAGUGGAGCAGGAGGAGUGGAGCAGGAGGAGUGGAGCAGGAGGAGUGGAGCAGGAGGAGUGGAGCAGGGGGAGUGGAGCAGGAGGAGUGGAGCAGAUGGAGUGGAGCAGGAGGAGUGGAGCAGGGGGAGUGGAGCAGGAGGAGUGGAGCAGGAGGAGUGGAGCAGGAGGGAGGAGCAGGAGGAGUGGAGCAGGAGGAGGGGAGCAGGAGGAGUGGAGCAGGGGGAAGGAAGCAGGAGGAGUGGAGCAGGAGGAGUGGAGCAGGGGGAGUGGAGCAGGAGGAGUGGAGCAGGAGGAGUGGAGCAGGAGGAGUGGAGCAGGAGGAGUGGAGCAGGAGGAGUGGAGCAGGAGGGAGGAGCAGGAGGAGUGGAGCAGGAGGAGAGGAGCAGGAGGAGUGGAGCAGGAGGAGUGGAGCAGGAGGAGUGGAGCAGGAGGGAGGAGCAGGAGGAGUGGAGCAGGGGGAGUGGAGCAGGAGGAGUGGAGCAGGGGAGUGGAGCAGGAGGAGUGGAGCAGGAGGAGUGGAGCAGGGGAGUGGAGCAGGAGGAGUGGAGCAGGGGAGUGGAGCAGGAGGAGUGGAGCAGGAGGAGUGGAGCAGGGGAGUGGAGCAGGAGGAGAGGAGCAGGAGGAGUGGAGCAGGAGGAGUGGAGCAGGGGGAGUGGAGCAGGGGAGUGGAGCAGGAGGAGUGGAGCAGGAGGAGUGGAGCAGGAGGAGUGGAGCAGGAGGAGAGGAGCAGGAGGAGUGGAGCAGGAGGAGUGGAGCAGGGGAGUGGAGCAGGGGGAGUGGAGCAGGAGGAGUGGAGCAGGAGGAGUGGAGCAGGAGGAGUGGAGCAGGAGGAGUGGAGCAGGGGAGUGGAGCAGGAGGAGUGGAGCAGGAGGAGUGGAGCAGGAGGAGUGGAGCAGGGGGAGUGGAGCAGGAGGAGUGGAGCAGGAGGAGUGGAGCAGGGGAGUGGAGCAGGAGGAGUGGAGCAGGAGGAGUGGAGCAGGAGGAGUGGAGCAGGAGGAGUGGAGCAGGAGGAGAGGAGCAGGGGAGUGGAGCAGGAGGGAGGAGCAGGAGGAGUGGAGCAGGAGGAGUGGAGCAGGAGGAGUGGAGCAGGAGGAGGAGCAGGGGAGUGGAGCAGGAGGAGUGGAGCAGGGGAGUGGAGCAGGAGGAGUGGAGCAGGAGGAGUGGAGCAGGGGAGUGGAGCAGGAGGAGAGGAGCAGGAGGAGUGGAGCAGGGGAGUGGAGCAGGAGGAGUGGAGCAGGGGGAGUGGAGCAGGAGGAGUGGAGCAGGAGGAGUGGAGCAGGAGGAGUGGAGCAGGAGGAGUGGAGCAGGAGGAGGAGCAGGUAUAAAACAUAUAUUCUGA